CAUGGGAGACCAGGCGGACUGGAUGUCGCAGCUGUGCCCGCGGCUGUGGGACGUCCCAUUGCACCACCUGUCCAUCCCAGGGAGCCACGACACGAUGACGUACUGCCUGAACCGUAAGUCUCCGAUCUCCCGCGCACGCUCGCGGCUGCUGCACUUGCUGGGCCGGGUCCUGCCAUUCCUCACCGGGCCCGCGGUGAUGAAAUGGGCGGUGACGCAGACCCUGGACGUGACGCGGCAGCUGGAUGCAGGUGUGAGGUACCUGGACCUGCGGAUCGCGCAUGCGCCGGGGGGCUCCGCACGGAACCUGUGCUUUGUGCACAUGAUGUACACGAAGGCGCUGGUGGAGGACACCCUCACCGAGGUAGCCGAGUGGCUGCAGCUGCACCCACGCGAGGUGGUCAUCGUGGCCUGCAGGGACUUCGAGGGGAUGACGCGCGAGAUGCACGACUACCUCGUGGGCUGCAUCGUGAACAUUUUCGGGGACACGCUGUGUCCCAGAGGGGAAGUCCCCACCCUGGGGCAGCUGUGGGCGCGCGAGCAGCAGGUCCUUGUGUCGUACGAGGACGAGGCCACGGUCAGCCGCCAUGAUGAGCUGUGGCCCGCGAUCCCAUACUGGUGGGGCAACGCGGUGAAGACCGAUGCGCUGUUGCAGUUCCUGGAGACCAAGAAGGGCCAUGGACGCCCAGGUGGCCUGUUCGUUGCUGGCAUCAACGUCACCGAGAACUUGUGCUAUGUCCUCCUGCACCCGGGGGACUCCCUGGAGGAGAUGACGCGGCGUAGCGUCCCGCUCACCACCCAGUGGGUGCGCGCGCAGCAGCCGGGGCAGCGCCCUCACUGCACCAACAUCAUCGCGGGCGACUUCGUGGGUGCAGAUGGCUUCGUAAGCGACGUCAUUAGCUUGAACCAGAAACUAGUGUCUCCCUAACCUCCACGCCCCCAAGUCAAGCGUCACCACUUCCAGUAACUUGGUGCAGGACAGGGGCCCCGAAUGUUCCACUGUGCUGCAGGACGCACGGCGGCCACUUCCGACUGCGUCACUUCUGUGCGCAUCGCCAGAGGCUCAGUCCUCCGCUGAUUAAGGGAUUUCCAAGUAACGCACACGUGCGGUUAUUUUUGUGGUCUCUGGUAGCCCACGUUAGACCCUGGCCAUGGAAAAUCUGU